UUUUUUUUAUAUAUAAAAAAAAAGGAUGUCUCAUAGGAAAUAUGAAGCGCCUCGUCAUGGAUCUUUAGGUUUUCUUCCUCGCAAACGAGCAUCUCGGCAUCGAGGAAAGGUCAAGGCAUUUCCGAAAGAUGAUCCUAAAAAGCCUAUUCAUUUGACAGCGUUUAUGGGUUAUAAAGCAGGAAUGACACAUGUUGUUCGUGAUUUAGAUCGUCCAGGAACUAUUUUACAUAAAAAAGAAAUUGUUGAGGCGGUUACGAUUAUUGAGACGCCUCCUCUUGUAGUUGUUGGGGUUGUUGGAUAUGUUGAGACUCCUCGUGGUCUUCGAUCUUUAACAACAGUAUGGGCAGAACAUUUGAGUGAUGAAGUGAAACGUCGAUUUUACAAGAAUUGGUAUAAAUCUAAGAAAAAGGCAUUUACAAGAUAUGCCAAAAAAUAUUCGGAAAUGAAUCGACCUAUUGCUCGUGAACUUGAACGUAUUAAGAAAUAUUGUACGGUGGUUCGUAUACUUGCACAUACUCAGAUUCGAAAAACUCCUCUUAGUCAGAAAAAGGCACAUCUUAUGGAAAUUCAGGUGAAUGGUGAAACAGUAGAUAAAAAAGUAGAAUGGGCUCGUGAACAUUUUGAAAAGACUGUUGAUGUUAAAUCGGUUUUUGAGCAGGAUGAAAUGAUUGAUGUAAUUGCUGUUACAAAAGGUAAAGGAUUUGAAGGGGUUACAACUCGUUGGGGAACAAGGAGACUUCCUCGUAAAACACAUCGUGGUCUUCGUAAAGUAGCUUGUAUUGGUGCAUGGCAUCCUUCGCAUGUUAUGUGGACAGUUGCUCGUGCCGGUCAAAAUGGUUAUCAUCAUCGUACAUCCAUUAAUCAUAAAAUUUAUCGUAUUGGAAGUGGAGAUGAUCCUAGGAAUGCAUCAACGGAUUUUGAUAUUACCGAGAAACGAGUUACUCCAAUGGGUGGUUUUGUUCGUUAUGGAGCUGUUGAAAAUGAUUUUAUUAUGUUAGCUGGAAGUACUCCAGGCCCUGUUAAACGCAUAUUGACACUUCGAAAGUCUCUUUUAACUCAUACUUCUCGAAAAGCGAUCGAAAAAGUUUCUCUUAAAUGGAUUGAUACAAGUAGUAAAUUCGGACAUGGACGAUUUCAAACCCCUGCAGAAAAGAAACAGUUCAUGGGAGUUACUAAAAAAGAUAUAAUGCAUGCUUCUAAAGGCUCCUGAUCAUGUUUAUUAUUUGUUUGUAUAGUCUUAUUGACAGAUUUUUGAAC